GGGGCGUCGCUUCUGUUGCUCCCGCCCUCUCCAGUGUAUUGGGCGGUGCCUCGCCACUUUUUUUUUUUUCUCUCUCUCCUUUUUUCUGUCUCACCCUCUGGUCCCUCUAGCUCGGCCCUGUGCCUCUGCUUAGCACCCCGGCGCGGAUCCCUGGGUUGGUCUGGCCUGGGCCAUUGACGUCACCACUAAGUUUGCUGUCCUUUGCGUCCCACGUGUGGCGGUAGCGGGCAAGGAGGCUGCAGGGAGCUUCUAGGAGCACAGUGGCAGCGGCCGCUGACAGGUCCCCAACAGAGGGUCCACUCCAGGCAGCUCCCAGCUGGGGCCCCAGAGGAGUGGGUAGGUUCCGGAGUGCCUCAAGAGGUCAGAAGGCUGAGUUCUACUCAGACAGGGGGACUAAGGGAGCCUGGCUCCGUGCUGAGACCUUCUGAGCCGGGACUCUGAGUGCGCUCCUGGGAGGGCCAGGAGAGCAGAGCAGCCAGCGGCUGGGAAAACGGUCACUCGCUUUGUCCGGAGCGCACGAAGCUCUGCGGUCCGGCAACCAAGCGUCCCUUCCACUGGGACCUAGCCAAGGAUGCACUGUCGCUGUGCCUAAGGACCCUGCUGAGCCCAGCUCCUCCACCACCCCUGCCGCAGAGACUGCCUUGACCGGCGACUCUUGGGACCCAGAGCUCCGAGCCCCGCUAGGCUCAGGACUCCGUCACAUUUCAGACCCGAGACGAUGGUUUCUUAAGCACGGCCCCGAACCCAUUCCUGCCCCUUCGUCCGGAGCCCGGGACCCCAGAAGGGCUCGCGGCUUUUGGUCCCUGCUCCAGCUCUGACCGUCGCCCCGCGGGGCAGCUCUUGCGCACGCAGUGGCGCUGGGGAGAUGUGGCCGCAGGUCAGCGAGCAGGAUGGCAGGGCUCCCGGUGCAGUCCCGGCCUAGCAUGGCCCGCGCGUCGUCAGUCGCCUCUGGCUAGGAUGGCCCCCUCGGGCCCUGCCUGUGCCCAGCCCAGCCCGGCUGAGCCACUGUCGCGCAGCAUCUUCAGGAAGUUCUUGCUGAUGCUCUGCUCGCUACUCACUUCCCUCUACGUCUUCUACUGCCUGGCCGAGCGCUGCCAGCCCGGGUCAGGCCCCGUCGCUGGGGUCCCGGGGCGUGGAGUCCCUGCAGGACCGAGGGACCUGGCGGCGUGGCCCGCGGGGGCGCAAAGGAAGCGUCUCCUACAGCUGCGGCAGCGGCGGAGGCGCGGACGGCCCGGGCCAGACGACAGCAGCGACCAGGACGAGCAGAGCCCUGGGCUGGCCGCCGCUCCAGGAGGCUCCGGGGCGGGAAGCAGCCUGGUGGAGGCCCAGUCCGGGACCCUGGCCCUACUCCUGGACGAGGGCAGCAAGCAGCUGCCGCAGGCCAUCAUCAUUGGCGUGAAGAAGGGCGGCACGAGGGCGCUGCUGGAGUUCCUGCGCGUGCACCCCGACGUGCGCGCUGUGGGCGCUGAGCCCCACUUUUUCGACCGCAGCUACCACAAGGGCCUUGCCUGGUACCGAGACCUGAUGCCCAGAACUCUGGAGGGUCAGAUCACUAUGGAGAAGACGCCCAGCUACUUCGUGACCCGGGAGGCACCCGCGCGCAUCUCAGCCAUGUCCAAGGACACCAAGCUCAUCGUGGUGGUGCGCGACCCGGUGACCAGGGCCAUCUCAGACUACACGCAGACGCUGUCCAAGCGGCCAGACAUCCCCAGCUUCGAGAGCCUGACGUUCCGCAACCGCAGCGCGGGCCUUAUCGACACGUCCUGGAGCGCCAUCCAGAUCGGCCUGUAUGCCAAGCACCUGGAGCCCUGGCUGCGCCACUUCCCGCUAGGCCAGAUGCUCUUCGUGAGCGGGGAGCGGCUGGUCAGCGACCCAGCCGGUGAACUGCGCCGUGUGCAAGAUUUCCUGGGCCUCAAGCACAUCAUCACUGACAAGCACUUCUACUUCAACCAGACCAAGGGCUUCCCGUGCCUCAAGAAGGCAGAGGGCAGUGGCAAGCCGCACUGCCUGGGCAAGACCAAGGGUCGUGCGCAUCCUGUCAUUGCACGGGAGGUGCUGAGGCAGCUGCGUGACUUUUACCGGCCCUUCAACCGCAAGUUCUACCAGAUGACUGGCCGCGACUUUGGCUGGGAUGAAUAGCAAAUAUAAUUUAAAAAGAAAAAAUAUCAAAAUAUAAUAUAUUUUUUUACCAGUCGGUAGAGAAAAGACAUUUUAAUAUUUGUUUAUUAAGUAUGUGUUGCAGUAGUUUUUUUUCCUCUCUGUCCCUCUCUCCUGUCCCCAUGGGUAACCAGCAUCAAACUUGGUUAUAGCAGAAAAGGAGAUUUGUUUGUUUAUGUUCUGAACAUGUAUUAGCAAAUGAUAAACACCAGUCCCCACUAAGCCGAGUACGAAAAUUCCCAGGGUAAAGCUCCCUUUCGUUAGGUAUAGAAACCUGAUAGAAUUGAGACCUCCAUUUUCCUGCCUUUCUCCUGUGCCACUUUUUCUCUUAAGUCAUUUCUCAGUUAAUGAUACUCUGUCUAUGUACAGGGAAGAUUUCAAUUAAACUACUGCUGCAGGCGAGAAGUGCAUUUUAGAGACCAUCAUUUUCUGUUUUAGAGGUAAGGAAACCUGAGUCUCAGGGAGGUUAAACGACUUAUCUUAAAGCUGGAUGGUUGAUCCUGGACACAAUUCUGUCUGCCACUUUUCCUCUGUUUUAUGAUGGGACUGUUGGCUUGUGGAGUGGGGUGGGAUUGAGACACCUGGAGCCUUAGAAGCUCUGGAGUGACCCCAAAAGGGCAGAGAGGGCUUAUUACUGCAAUCCCAGUUGCAGGCUGGUCUAUGGAAAGCAGCCUCAUUACAUAGCUGUAUUCAUGCAGAUCACUGAGAUGGGGACACAAGCUCUCUGGGGAGCCCCUCUUGUCUCUUGGCUGAUCAAAGCAUUCAAAGUCAAGGAAACCUGACCCAUGGAUGGUCAUCUGAGUUCCAGGGGGAAUGACUGAAUUCUUCUAUUGAGGGGACAUGGGCCUAAACAUCCAGGAGUGUAGCAGAAUGCCACUUUCGUUGCUUUUGAAAGAAAAUCCCCCCUUUCUUUGUAGUAUCUCAUCUCUGACCUCAGUUAAGAACACCUUUCGGGCUCCCCCAGCUUUCACAGAUUGAGACCUGUCACUCAGUCAAUUUCCCUGCCUCCCCAUUUUUUCUCAUAUGAGUUAUAACUUAAAGCUCAUUAAUGACCGGAAAACAUCCUAAGAAACACAGUUGUGGGUGGAAUCCCACCCUUUCUUGCCCUUGUCCUGCCUAAAUGGCUCAAAUGAAUCAAUAGUUUAUUGAGAGUCCUCAGUCUCUGAGUGGGUACUAAUGAGAUUAGCAUUAAUGGGACCUAAAUUGCUUCAGUGAAAAGGAGCACAUAGGCACUGAACAUAUAAAGCAUUCAUAAUUACUCUGUCAGCAACAUUUUAUUACAGGUUUAAGACCAAGAAGAAAAUGUUUGCUAUGCCAUCAAUAUUUUCUUUAUCUACUAAAAUUUAAAGGGCCAGAUACUCUAGUACACUAAAAUAAUAGUCUGUUUUUCUCUGCUGUCAAACAAGAGAAGCUAAGCUGUUUUACAAUAUACUGGAUGCUGGUAAGUUUGUCGUAGGUCAUAGGACAUCCAUCACGGAUGUCCACGUCUCUAAAGAAAACAGGGUUUAAAGGAAGUGAAACAUCUUUUUAAUUUCUACAUGUUUUGUCAUCUUCAGGUUGUUUGUUAGUAUCCCGUUUGUGGGAGUUAAGCCCCAAACGCGGGUCCCUUUUUCCACUUGUCUCCCUCACUUGGGCACCCUCAGCGUUCAGCAUCACAGUCUGUUUUCAGUUGCUCUGAGUCUUCACCAGCAGCCACGAGAGACUCAUUUGAAGCUCUGCCCAUCUUUUAAUUUGUUCUGUUUGUGCCUCUGAAUCUUUUGUAGUCCUCUCUCUGCCUGUCAUUAUGCAAAAGCGGCUUGCACAAAACCAGAAUUGUAUCUAACAGCUGCACUCAGUAGCCUUCCUCUUUUCCCAUGGAAGAGAUAAUAAAAGAACAAAAUUGAGUGCAAACGA